AAGCAUGUAUGCCCAUAAAUGGUGUGAUACGUUUUAGCCAUUAGUUACAAAGGUCAUAGCACGUCAUACUUAGAGCAACGAAAGCAGAAAAACUGGUUCAGAUUUUCAGCACAGCCGAAGCAAAGGUGUUUUGACACAGGAGAAACUGUUCCAGACUUAAAGACACGCUAACCUGAAGGGGACAGAAAUGGCGACCCGUUGGAUGUGGGUCUGUGUGGUGUCAUUGACACUGAUUGAACUUGGAUCUUCAGACCCAAUGUUCACGUUCGUCCAGGACAGACUUUCAAAGAAGGAACAGGAAUCAGUCAUCAAUCUGUUCAAGAAGCAUUGGAAGCCUGGGGUGCCAGACACUGCGUUUGAAGAGUAUCUAACAAGAAUUGUCUACUUACCGUCCGUUUUGAAGGAUGAGCUUCCCAGUCGCAUUGUGGACCUUCUUCGCUCCCUGGAUAACGUGGAGAGGCUGGAGCUAGUGAGGGAGGUACGCGAGCUGAUGGACUAUAAGGAAGAACACCAGGAAGACACAAAAAUUGGGCGUGGGCUAAAGGCAGAGAAAGAAGAAAUUAUGACAAAGAAGGCAAAGAACAAGGUCAAGAAGAAGGAUACUGAUGAGGAACAUUCUAGCGUGGGAGGGGGGUUAAAGGAAGAGGAAGACAAAAUUAAGAAGGAGCAGCAACUAUUGGCUUCCCUUAAGGCAAGAAAGAAGCAAAAGAAGCAAGAAGGAUAAAUGUUUAUAUCUAAAAUAUAAUUUCUGUUAGUUCAUUACAACAUGUUUUGCAAAGAUAAGUUAAGCCAUGUUUUUUGCCGUCUAGUGCAACAUCUAUGAUUUGCUGUAAGCAGCUCAAAGUAGUUAAGGUUUUACCAUGUGAUGCUUAGUAGUACAAUGAAGUACUUAAAGUCAGGCUACAGAGAAAAUAAUAAAGUAUAAUGGCCCACUCAACCCAGUUACCCAACCCAAUUUAAAUAGGGAGUAGUCAUCUCAAGCUCAUUUUGACCUUUACACAUAUACGAGAAGAAAUGUACGCGACGGUAAUUGUUUCACACAUGGCGAACAUCGGUUAAUGAAUUGUAACAAUUGGUUGCCGUACAUGGCAAAGGUCUCCAACAUUGUGUUGUAAUUAAAUGUAAGAAUCAUUUUCGUUGUUUUUGUCUGGUUAGUCCGUUUAGAAUUUGACAAAAUGUUCAAACUAGACCAUAACGCCUGUUUCAGACAUCACAUUUUCAUCAUCAGUUGUUGCUAUUUCAAAGUGUUAGG